GGAAUUGAGCAACCCUCUGACCCCAAAAGCCAAUGCUUUCAGUAUCGCCUCUCUGAUUUCAGCUUCAGAACAAGUGAACACAGAGGAGCAAAGCGCUGCCCUGGACAAGCUCUGCAGGUUCCAGUGUCACCCUAUGAGAAUGCACUUCAGUGCUGUUACCAGGGAUAUGGAGGCUUUCACAGCCAACAGCUUAAGCAGCCUGAAUGCUUCAGGAGGCUACCACCUCUCCCCAUCGCCGGGCGACCCUUACAGCCAGCACGAAGCCCACUAUGAGCCGUGCUCCGCAGCGCAGCAUUCAUACAGCUUCGGACCGGGUUCCAGCCACGCGUGUCCGGAGCCAGAGAGUGGAGCCUCGUCUUCCAGCUGCUCCUCUUCCUCCACCCCGGGCAGCAGCAGCUCCAACAGCAGCAAAGCCCCGAUCAAGAAGAACCCCAAGGUGGCCAACAUCACCGUCCAGCUGGAGAUGAAGGCGCUGUGGGAUGAGUUCAACCAGCUGGGCACUGAGAUGAUUCUUUCCUCCCCUGACAGGCGAAUGUUUCCCACCUUCCAGGUGAAAAUCUUCGGGAUGGAUCCUAUGGCUGAUUACAUGUUAUUAAUGGAUUUUGUACCAGUGGACGAUAAACGCUAUCGGUAUGCUUUCCACAGCUCGUCUUGGUUGGUGGCAGGCAAAGCUGACCCGGCCACCCCCGGGAGGGUCCAUUAUCACCCGGACUCCCCAGCCAAAGGCGCCCAAUGGAUGAAACAAAUCGUGUCCUUCGACAAGCUGAAACUGACCAACAAUUUACUGGACGACAACGGACAUAUCAUCCUGAACUCCAUGCACAGAUAUCAGCCCCGUUUUCAUGUGGUGUAUGUGGACCCCAGGAAGGACAGUGAGAAAUAUGCAGAAGAGAACUUUAAGACAUUUGUGUUUGAGGAAACCCGUUUCACCGCAGUGACUGCCUAUCAGAACCACAGAAUCACCCAACUUAAAAUUGCUAGCAAUCCCUUUGCAAAGGGCUUCCGGGACUGUGACCCAGAAGACUGGCCUAGGAAUCAUCGGCCAGGAUCUCUUCCUCUUAUGAGUGCAUUUGCAAGGUCCAGAAAUCCUGUUUCAUCACCUACGCAGAAUGGAAGUGACAAAGAUGGAGACAACAGAAGAGAAUAUGAGAGGGAUACCAGUGGCACUCCAUUGCAUGGGGACGCGGCCCACCAGCAACUUAUGUCCAGAGUUCUUAGCCCUUCACUUCCUGUACCAGGUGGACUUGUGCCCCUUAGCACUGGUAGACCUAGUCCCCCCCAUGAACUGCGUCUGGACCCACACUCUCAAGGUUCAGAACCUCUUCAUCACCACCCAUACAAGUACCCGACAAGCUACGAUCACUAUUUAGGAGCAAAAACCAGACCGACUCCCUAUCCCUUGCCAAGCAUUAGAGGACAUGGCUACCAUCAUCACCAUAUGAACCCAGCAGCAGCUAACAUGUAUUCCACAGCUGGUGCACCAAGCAGUUACGAAUAUGGGCCAAGAUAACAACCAAUGGAACAAAACAAUUUUACUGACAACUAUUUAAAGUUAUUAGACAAUGGAUGUUUUAUGCAUGAUUUUAAUUGUUCAGUAGUGUAUGCUUUGGAUAUUACAUUACUGUUGAAAUUAAACUUGCCCUCUCCCUAAACUCAUUAGGGCAGACCUUCAGUUUCCAUUGUGAUUGUGACAGCAGCCAUCAAACAAGCCGGGUCUUCCACCUAAUCCUGCUGGGGCUGUUAUGACAAUAUGUCAGGAGGAAGAACAGGCUCUGCCAACAAAGGCACUUGGGAGGUGUCAUUGACUUGCGGUGAUGCUGUGCAGUGGGUGCACACAGUGACAAGCUAGGAAUAAUAAAGUGGAAUUCAGUACGUGUUCAGUUCUAUCAGUGCUACUGGACGGGAAAAAAGCAGCUUCAGCCAUCUCAUCUGCACUGUUGGAUGACUGUACCUUUCAGACUUACUUACAAAAGGGCAUUGACUUCUGCAAGGUCAGCUGCACUAUUCUUGCAUAAAUGAAGCCAUAUGCUUUCGUUGCUGUGCUCUUUGAUUGUAUUUUUGUGGAAAUAAAUGUACAGUAUGGUUCAGUGUAUACUCCGUGGCAAAGGAACUGUGAGGUAUUAAGAUACUUUUUUAUUUUCACUAUUUUGGAGAGUGAAGUGUUGGCUGCACUAUUGUAAAUGAGAUUGCACAUUCUG